AAGUCCAUCUUUCUUAGCAACAUAUGCCACAGUGGUGGCUUGGUGGUGCUGGAAGAUGCUAUAAAUCACCAGAGGGGAAAGGACUAGAGGGGAAAGGACCAGAAUCCUUAAGUACUACUGUAUUACCCACAGCAACAAUGUGUGAAUAUAUAGGGUAUCAUCUCUUGUUGUAGAUGCAAACCUUCCUGUUGCUUAUGGGACUCCAAUCUGGUAGAAGUCAAAUUACUAUAUGUCCCCUCAUCCUUUUUUUAAAAAGGAAACUUGGGAAGAAAGAGAUGUUGUUAUUUAGGACUGCUUUGCCUCCUGCCUUAGCCCUUUCUCAUCAAGUCUCCAAACUUGAGCAGUGGAUUUGAUAUAUAGAUGGAUAGGAGACAACUGACACCAGAGCCAUCCCCUAGAGAAAAGUAGCUUGAAAUAAGCUAAUGGUAGACUCUGGUCCUAUCUAGGGCUAUAUAAACCAGCAGCGAGGAAAUGGGGGUUGUGUCACCCAGGCGUAGCUGUGGCCAUAAACGCAGCUGACUGUGCUCUAAACUGGCUCCCUUUUUACCAACCAGCGGUAGGGAAGGGGAGGCACCAACGGAGGGAGGGAGGGAGGUGUUGCAGCCCAGCUGCAAUGAGCUUCACCUUCACCUUUUGCCGGGCCGAAGAACUUUCGACUUUCAGCGGGUCGCGCUCCGCAGAGCGAGCAGGGCCCUUCUGCCCGGCUCACUUGACAGGCCUAGUGGCCAACACUGACCGGGUUCUUCAGAUAUUGAACCAGUGCCACGCAUGCGUGGCACUCUUCUCGGCGGCGCCCUGCCUGUGACUUGAAAGUUGCAUUCCUUGAAUCUUCGCGGGUGGGGCGGAGAGUGAGAAGUGGGGGUGGGGAUAAAAAAGAGGCAUCCGCUGUUCACCAGGAGGAAGGAAUGUGGGCAGUUCAGCUCCGAGAGGGCGCGGGGAUUUUUGUCUUCCCGGUGAUGAUAGCUGUGGUCUCUUAUGCUAAGAGCGUGAACGAGCCUAGCAACAUGUCCUACGUGAAAGAGACGGUGGACCGAUUGCUCAAAGGAUACGAUAUUCGCUUAAGGCCGGAUUUUGGAGGUUCUCCUGUUGAUGUUGGGAUGAGAAUAGAGAUCGCCAGUAUAGACAUGGUCUCUGAAGUCAACAUGGACUAUACACUAACUAUGUAUUUUCAGCAAUCCUGGAGGGAUAAAAGAUUGUCCUACUCUGGCAUACCUUUGAAUCUAACUUUAGAUAACAGAGUGGCUGAUUAUCUCUGGGUUCCAGAUACAUACUUCCUGAAUGACAAGAAAUCCUUUGUUCAUGGAGUUACUGUGAAAAAUCGAAUGAUUCGACUACAUCCAGAUGGAACCGUUCUUUACGGUUUGCGGAUUACUACCACAGCUGCCUGUAUGAUGGAUUUACGCAGAUAUCCCUUGGAUGAACAAAACUGCACACUGGAAAUCGAAAGCUAUGGAUACACAACUGAUGAUAUUGAAUUUUACUGGAAUGGAGGGGAAUCUGCUGUUAGUGGAGUUAAUAAAAUUGAGCUCCCUCAGUUCUCAAUUAUUGAUUACAAAAUGAUCUCAAAAAGAGUAGUGUUUGCAACAGGGGCUUACCCCCGUCUGUCCCUGAGUUUUCGACUGAAAAGAAAUAUCGGCUAUUUCAUUCUGCAAACCUACAUGCCUUCUACUCUAAUUACAAUUCUGUCUUGGGUAUCCUUCUGGAUCAACUAUGAUGCAUCUGCUGCAAGAGUUGCACUAGGAAUCACCACUGUGCUGACAAUGACCACCAUUAGCACUCACCUCAGGGAAACCCUUCCCAAAAUCCCAUACGUGAAGGCAAUUGACAUCUACCUUAUGGGCUGCUUUGUGUUUGUAUUCCUUGCUUUACUGGAAUAUGCAUUUGUCAACUACACAUUCUUUGGCAAAGGCCCUCAGCAUCAGAAGAAAGCGGCAGAAAAAGCCACUAAUGAGAGGAAGAAAGUGGAGAUGAAUAAACUUCAGAUUGAUACCUGUGGGAAUAUCCUUCUUACUACCGUGGAAUUGAGAAAUGAAGUCAGCAGCUCUGAUGUGCUUGCGAGUUUGAAUGAUCCAAGAGCCACCAUGUACUCUUAUGAUAGUGCCAGCAUCCAUUACCGGAGACCACCUACUGGGAAAGACUUCAACAGCAGAAGCACCUUGGACAGACACACCACCCACCAAAAGGGACGACUACGAAGAAGAGCAUCACAGCUCAAAGUCAAAAUACCAGAUUUGACUGAUGUUAAUUCCAUAGACAAGUGGUCCAGAAUGGUCUUUCCUAUCACUUUUAUUCUUUUUAAUGUUGUCUAUUGGCUUUAUUAUGUGCACUGAGUUAUGCUGUGAUCCCCCCAUCAAGUCAUCCUAGACACCAUUUUUUCCUCUCUUCACUUUCUGUCAACCUUAAGGAAGAUUCACAGUACAGAGUCCACCUAUUCAGUAGGCUAGAGUAUCCUUUUACUCAUAUUUAAACCCUAUAUACUCCAAAAACAAAAGUAUCUCUUUGAAUAUUGUAUCAUUCUUUUAGAUAUGGUUUCAAAGAGCAAAGAUGUUAAAGACACAAGUGCUUUUCUCCUGUUUUGCUAACUAUUUCUAUUAAUCUUUCCUUUCCUUUUUUUUUAACAUUUAAAAUGUGAAAUGAAAUUCUGUCUAAUCCCACCCACUCCAAAAAUCGAUGUCUAAUGGCAUCACAAUAGUGUUUGGCAAACAAAGUUAAAACAUCUGUUUGCAAAGGAAGACAGAUGAUAGCUUCAAUCAUAUGCACAUUUACUGAGAAGGAGACCCAACUGCACAACUCCUGACAAAUCACACAUUGGUUUUCAGUGCAGGUCUUUUAUUAUAAAUAAGCUGCCAGAACAAUAUAUAAUUUUACAGUGUGAAAAAGUACAUGGGUAAACAGAGAUCUACCAAUAUUGAUGGGGAAAAGAGCUGCAUUGUUAAAUAAUUUAUCUAUUAAUUUGUAAAUGUCAAACAUUUUUUUAAAUUAAAAUGUGCUCCUGUUGAAACAGGAAGCACAUAUUUUUCAAAUGAUUAAUACACAUCUUUAAAUAUUGGAGAUGGUAAGAAAUAGCUUAGAAAGAACAUGGUUUUCUCUCACACAAUAAAAGUUCAUCUCUUGAAAAGUGGUACCGCUGUGAUGAAUUAAUGGAUCUCCUUUAAACAAAAAUAAUCAUUUUCUUCAGAAUUAUUCCUUUAUUCAUAUAUACUUUUAUGCAGCUUUAGUUGAUAUUUGAUUACAAUUUAUACAUUCAGCCAAUAAGAAUACCUUUAUGAAGUGACAGUGCUAGAAGGAAUAUAUGCCAGUAGAAGUCUACAAUAGUUGCAAAGCUUUACUGUAGUGUAUUGAUUUAACAUAAUACAUUAAGUUUUGCUGGAAGAAAAAUAUUUUCCCUUUCACUUCCAUUAAAGGCUACUUUAAACCUGUAUUAGGUUAUCGCUUUAACCAUCAUCCCUCUAUCCCAGAAUCCUGGGAUUAUUGUUGGGAGAAGAGGGGAAAACAUUAACAAUUUUUUAUGGGUUAUGUUUGCCAGAUAAUAGAAAUUUAUAUUCCAUGGGGAAAGCUGUGGCCAUGGCAUAAACUUAUUUUCAGUGCCAACAUGGAUGCAUCUCUAGUCACAUCAUUGGUUCUUUUAUGUCUUUUAUUUAGCAGUGAAUAGUCCUAAGGUCACUAGACCAAGAUCAUUCAACUGUCAAAGCCCUUCUCUGACUAUAAUUGCUAAAACACAAACAGCAGUGGCACAUAUUUCCUUUUAUUUUGAGGUGGAAAAAGUUGAAAUCUGACAAUAAGCCUUAAAAUGGACUCCCUCUUUAAAAAAAAUAAAAAAUAAAAAUAGGGGAUUCCUAUGUCCAUUUUAGAUCUUGCGAUAUGAUAGAACCUAGAAAUUUAAAGGUUUCUACUGUUGAUACUGUGUUGUCUAGUAUUGUGAGAGGUGGAAGUAUGGAAGGGUUCCUCUUAAAGUCUACCACCAUUUCUAUGGUUUUGAGUGUGUUCAGUUCCAGAUUGUUUCGGUCACACCACAAGACUAGUCGUUCAACCUCUCGUCUAUAUGCGGAUUCGUCAUUGUCUCGAAUGAGACCAAUCACUGUUGUGUCAUCUGCGAACUUUAGUAGCUUAAUAGAUGGAUCAUUGGAGAUGCAGUCAUUGGUAUACAGAGAGAAGAGAAGUGAGGAGAGCACACAGCCUUGGGGGGGCCUGUGCUAAUUGUACAGGUAUUUGAUGUGAUCUUGCUUAGCUUCACCUGCUGCUUCCUGUUUGUUAGGAAGCUUGUGAUCCACUUACAAGUCUAAACCAGCUGUUUGCAACUAGCUGGUUUAGCUUAGUUAGAAGAGUGUCUGGAAUGAUGGUAUUGAAUGCUGAACUAAAGUCUACAAAGAGGGAAUGUGUUGGAAGAAAAAUCCAGGUCCAGUUCCAAGCUGGGAGAAAGACACUGGAAAUAACAUCAAGGCUGAUUGGAAAGAAAGAUUAUGUUUAUUGAUGAGCACAACCACCAACAGCAUGUGAUUCUGAGACAGCUGACCAAAUGGUUGAAUGAAUGGGUGGAUCUUCCUAGGUUUCUGUGACUUUGAAGUUUGGACUGUUUUGGGAUUGUCCAAUGAAGGGACUUGUCUUUUGCUAAAUGGUGGUAGGUUAAUCCUAUUAUGUCCUAAAAGGUCAUGUCCUCUCCUUCUUAAUCCCAUCACCCUGGAGCUGAAGAUGUUUUGUUUUUGAAUAGAUUGUCCUGGAUUUCUUAAUGGGCCCAAAAUCUGCAUCUCUAGGAACUCAGAGGUUGUGGGACCUUCAUCACUGAAAGCUUUCAAGAAGAGACUGGAGUGCCAUCUGUUAGAAAUGGUGUAGGGUGUCCUGGUUGGGCAGGGGGUUGGACUAAAUGACCUAUCAGGUCCCUUCCAACUCUGUUAAUUUCUGCUGGAAGCUGUUUUACUAUGCAGGAAAUUGGGGCUGGAGCAUGUUACUCCAUUUCUCCUUUGGGGAAAUAUAAUAUUCUGCCUCUUUUAAUAUUCCCUAAAAUAUUUCAUUCUUCUCGGAGGAGGAGUGCAUAAUUACUUCUUAUAGAUGUAUUUUGUGCCCCCCCCCACCAUUGAGAAUG